CCGGAGCCGCACACUGCUGCUAUUCUUUUGUGGAGCUGCUCCCACCAGUUUUGGUCUUGUUGCCUCCAAAAACUCACUGCUCACCCUUGGUGCUCAUUGGAGACAAAAGUGGAUGGAGAAGUAUGAGACGAUAACAUGGUAGUUGUUUUGAAGGUAGCGGAGUGGAUGAAACUAAAAUUUGUCUCAUCAAUAAUUCGCCUGUGCAGUGAGCUUGACCAAUCAUAAUCUGAGCAUUCAUUUUCAAGCAUAAGCAGGUCAUUAAAGACACUUGUGCUCCCGAGUGUGUUUCAUUGUUGGUGUGACCACAUCAUUCAAAAUAAUCCAUCAGGUGAGAGAUGGAACCAUGACCUGAGGCUGAAAAGAGCAACCGGGAGUACCUCAUUCAUUACAACCACCAGAUCUGAAAAAUCUUCGUCCUCAUCAUGGUGGCCGAUUGCGGAGCUACCUGUGCCAAAUAUAUCCUGUGUUUAUUCAACUUCAUAUUUUUCGUGUGUGGAACUGCCAUUCUUGGAGUGGGGACUUGGCUGGCCGUGGACAAAAGAUCCUUCAUUCAUCUGACUAGAUUCAGCACUUUAAAAGCAGAUGUCGAGCUCGCUGCCGAGGUCAAGGGGAUCGUGAGGGAAUUGACGGAGCCCACGGUGAUUGAGCAGGGUGCUUACAUUUUAAUCGCGGCUGGUGCGUUUAUCUUCAUCAUCUCGUUCUUGGGAUAUUGUGGAGCCAUCAAGGAAUCUCGUGUCUUGUUGACGGCUUAUGGAUUGUUCAUUGUCAUUAUUGCUCUCCUUCAAAUUGCCAUGAUCGUCAUGGCUGCUAUCUACAAACACGAGGCUGAGACCCACACGAAAGACUUCUUCCAGCACACAAUUCGAAAAUAUUACACCACUCGGGAUCGAAAGGAUGCCGUCACUCUCUCUUGGGACUUCAUGAUGGCUGAGUUACAUUGCUGUGGUGUCAAGGGCAGCGACGACUUCAAAAUGGCGACCGAAUUCAUCAAAUAUACCAACCAGCAAGGUGAAGGACAAGUCGUUCCAGAGGCUUGUUGCAAACUGGAUUCUAAAUUCGACAUGGCCGUUUUCAAACCAUUGGAUGACAAUUGUGUCUAUGCACCCACCAUUUCAAACUCUUAUAUGAACCGAGGAUGCUAUCAGACCGUGUACGAUUUCAUCAUUAGUCACUUGAACGUAGUCAUCAUUGUGGCUGUCUGUGUGAUCGCUAUUCAAAUCCUAGGCAUCAUUUUCGCGUUCUGUUUGUGCAAAGCCGUUGGAAAUGAGCGAGACUUCUUAUACAAAUACUGAGCAACCUCGAUUUCAGGAUUUAUUUUCCUCACAAUCUCACCACCCGCUUCUGUUACAAAAGACACACACAUCCAAAUUACCUUCGCAAGCCAUUUAUUAUCCGUCAUAAAAUAUCUUGAUUGAAUUCCAGAAAAGUGUAUGCACUUCACGUUUGUUAACCAUUCAAACGUAGAAUCAGAUUGUUUUUGUCAUCUUAUGCCGUCGAAUCGAGAUUCUGAGCUGUUUUCUCACCCAAUGCAACUUAAUUACAAGUCACUCAUUUUCAUAGCUCGACAUCUUCCUACAAUUAUGAUUGGUUAUCUUGAUUCAAUCUUUGUAAAUAUGCCUAUGACUGUAUGUAUGAAGAUUGAUAAAUAAAUCAAUAUUCCUAUGUAGAAAAA